AUGAGUAAUAUGGAAUUGGAAGACGCCAGAAACAGCAAUGAAAAUGACACGGAAUCCCUCUUGCCAUCCUCUUCCUCUGAAACACCCAAACGAUUGGAGUAUUGCUGUGGCCGGAUACAAGCGGAAAAAGUGGGCAACAUGCUCAUUUUAUUUCCGGAACGAUUUCAUGCCGGUCGGACUUCUUGGGGUGUGGUCGGUCCAAUGUGUCCAACGGGGCCCUUGUUUGUCUGGGGCAUUCUGUGCACUGCCAGCUUUUUUGUGAUUCGGAAAGCGCUGGACAUUGGGCCCAUUACCACAGUCAUGUGCUGUGCCUUUUAUGUGAUAUCAACCUUUAAUUUAUUGAAUGUGGUUCUUCGAGAUCCCGGGAUUUGUUUCUACAAGGAGAUACCCAAGCACAUUUCACCUGAAGACGCCAGAGAUUGGAUGUACAAUGAUCGGUGCAAUGUGUAUCUUCCACCAGGUGGAAAAUACUGCUCGCAGUGUGAUGUCUGCAUUGAAGGAUAUGAUCACUUUUGUGCUUGGAUGGGUACAACUAUUGGGAAGAAGAAUAUGAUACAGUUCCAAAUAUUCAAUGCAAUCUGGUUGAUUUAUCUUUUCUACGCUUAUUUUUGGCUUGUGAUUGGACAUCUUGCCACCAAACAUUCAGAGGAGAAGUAA